AUGACAGACAGAUACCAGGGGGAAUAUUCCCUGUUCAAUCAUUUUGGCAUACAAGCGAAUAUCAUUAUCGCUGCCACCUAUACCAAUACAAAGGAUGGAAACAUCGUGCUUUCCAAAGACCUCUUAUAUGCCGCCCUGAAGCAAACUGCUGUAAAAUAUCCCGAGCUUGGGAUAACUUAUUACUACCGCGAUUCAAAAAAGAAAUCUGGGCAACACCGGUGCUGGUCGGCUUUCCGGCAGCUUAUCAAUCUUGAUGAACAUGUGAAGUUCAUUGAUAUUCCAGCAGAGGAGGAAGCAACGGGACUGACGGCAACUCUUGAGAGGUACCACGACCUUUAUUUUGACCCAGCAGAAAGACCACCAUGGCAGCUGGUGGUUGUCAAUGGGAAACAUAUGCUGUUCGUGUAUGAUCACUACCUCACUGAUGGACGCGGUGGUACAUACAUACUAGAGAGUAUCUUGGAAGCCCUCAACUCUCCCGAGCAGGAUCUCAAUAACUCUCCCAAACAAAGCAUCUUCACCCUUCCAUUCGUCAAGUUGACAACCGACAUCAAGGGGUUUCCCGAGAUUGAUCCUAUCAAACGGGCCCCGGCACCACUUUCUCUCUUUACUGCUAUCUUAAAUUAUCUUCGUUUUGUGAUCCUCUCGCUGCUAUACAGAAAAAAGGACCUCUUUUUUCAUGAUGUCAUCCAUAAUGAUCGUCCUCUGGACUUCCACAACCCUCAGAGAGAGGACAAUCUCGUCAAAACAAGACUUCACACUCUUCGCCUCGAUGCCUCUACAAUGCAAAAAUGCAUUCAGGCCUGCCGGUCCCAUCAAACUUCGUUCACGAGUCUUCUGCACACCCUCAUUAAAGUGACAUUGGCAGCGGACUUCUACCCAAAUGCCAAGUUCAAUCAUUCUAUGACAGUCGUUGAUAUCCGACAGUUCCUGAAACCGCACGACAGGGAGCAGACCGUGGAGAAUGCGGCUUCCAUGGUAUCGAGCUUCGACUGGCUAUCCAAGUUUCGCCAAGCAGGAGAGCAGACAGCCUCUAAAGAGAACACCAAAUUUAAUGCGGAUCUACUAUGGGAGCUAGCACGCAAGCAUCGGGCGCAUAUCCUCAAUGACAUGAAUCACAAAAAGUCUUGCUUGAGCGCUUGGCAGGCGGUCGACCUCAUCGGGGAAGAUGGAGAAGAUUAUAUUACCGGCUUUAUACCCGGGCUGAAGCUUGUUCAGCGUAAUUCUUUCUCCGUCUCUAAUUUGGGUGCUUUCCGCCCAAAUCAAUCAGUCGGCGAAGACGGGAGCAGCGAAGAUUGGACCAUUACCAAUAUGGAGUUCUCUGCUGGGGCUCUCCAAACUGGAUUUGCGACCAAUCUGGUGUUCAACGUGGCAGGAGUUCAAGAUGGCCCAACAACUAUUCAUGUCUGCCAUGAAGAAGGUGCCUUGAAAGAUGAUUUUGUCGAUUCGGUUCUAGAGCUAGUCAAAAUGCGGAUGGAUGCCAUCAUCUAG